AUGCAAUCCGUACUUUUGUUAGGAAUCAUCGCCCUCACUGCUGCGCAAUCGGAUGACAUUAUUCCGCUUCCACAUCCAGUGCCGUAUAUGAUUCCGACAGAAGCGUCGGCUGAUCUGCGGAGAAUAUUGAAUGACCUCAAUCUGACCAAACUGCAGUUUGAAGACGAAAUGAACAAAUGGGCGGAAAAAUAUGGAAUGAAGGAGCUGUUCGAAAAAUACAAGAAACAGUUGGAAAACGAGAAAAAGGAACUUGAUGAAGGACUGAAGCAAGUGACUGAAUACUUUGCAAAGAUUGGAGAGCUUGCUAAUGUUGAGUCGCUUACCAGGAAAGAAUUUAAUGAAAAGAGACAGGAGCUCAUCGAUAAAUUGACACCGAAGCAGGAAAAAGUUGUACGGCACCUUGAAUGCUCUUUCACUCCAUUCAGUGCCGAAAAUUGUGUUCCUGGAACAAAGGGACCUAAUCCAUCAAGACCCAAACCAAUGAGACCCGGACCAAUGAGACCUGGACCAAGGAGACCUUGGCCAAUGGGACCUGGACCAAUGAGACCUGGACCAAUGGGAACUGGACCAACGGGACCUUGGCCAAUGGGACCUGGACCAAUGAGACCUGGACCGAUGGGACCUGGACCAAUGAGACCUGGACCAAUGGGAACUGGACCAAUGGGUCCGAUGUGGCCACACCGUCCAUUCGAUACAUGGUGA